UUUCCUUUCUCCUCUCGAUGUUCUCGGUGCCUCCAUCUGCCAAACAUAUUGGAAACGUGUUAAAAAGCUCUCGGCUUUCGUUUCCAGCAGAUGUUAGAAUGGCGUUGUGGAUGUGCGGUGUCGUGCGUAAAAAAUAAAACGAAACUAUGCCCGACACGGACCCUUUUAAAACCUACAAGUUUUUGCGUUAAUUUCGUUAUCCGGCGCGUGAUGUGCGGAAAGAAGGUUUGAAACGAAAAUCAACAUCCUGUUACUGCCCGGCUCGACAAAUUUUAAGUAAAAUGAGCGGAUUCCGUUGUAUUUUGUGUGUAGUCGUUUGCUUCGCUUUUGUCAAGGUCACGCGCGGAGCGGAACUGGUGAUACACAUUCCGGGCAGCUUGGGUCAAGAGGGCGUGGUCUAUAGGCUGGAUUACUACCCGCCGUUCGGCCAUCCUGCUCCCAACACCACUAUCGCGUCCAAGGACAUCCGUGACGUCAUCAAAUUCUCGCAGGCCCUUCCGGGCACCAAAUACGACUUCUGGCUGUACUAUUCCAACGCCACGCACAACACCCUCACGUGGACAGCCAACUUUACGACCGUGCCGGACCCGCCAUCCGGGUUGUCGGUGUACGUUCGUAGCGGCAAACAGGCGGUAAUUUCGUGGUCACCGCCCUCUCAGGGCAGCUUCACCAGUUUCAAACUGAAAAUUAACCCGUUGGUUGCCAUCCCCGACGCCAAACCACAAAUCGUCUACGUGGACGACGUCGAAAACACACAAUACACCGUUAAAGAUUUGAUACCGGGGGCGACCUAUCAGGUUCACGCAUUCACCGUGUUCGAAAAUAAAGAGAGCGCUGCCUACACUUCAAGGAACUUUACUACAAAACCAAAUACUCCCGGCAAAUUCAUCGUGUGGUUCCGUAACGAGACUACGCUCCUGGUACUGUGGCAGCCGCCUUACCCCGCAGCCAUCUAUACGCAUUACAAGGUCUCGAUAGAUCCAGCCGAUGCCAACGAUUCGGUACUCUAUGUCGAGAAGGAAGGGGAACCACCCGGACCUGCCCAAGCGGCUUUCAAGGGUUUGGUACCGGGCAGAGCGUACAACAUUUCGGUGCAAACGAUGUCGGAAGAUGAGAUUUCUACGCCCACGACUGCGCAGUACCGCACAGUACCGUUGAAACCACAACGCGUUUAUUUCGAUAAGGAAAAAGUGACUACACACUCGUUCAUCGUCCAUUGGGAACCGCCCAGUGGUAAAAGCGAGUUCGACAAGUACCAGAUCUCACUGGCCACCUUAAGGAAGCCGACGCCGGUACCGCGCUCGAAAGACGAUCCCACCUUCUGGGAGUUUAAAGAUAACCUGGAACCGGGCAAAACUUAUUCGGUGGUCGUGAAGACGGUAUCCGGCAAGGUCACCUCGUGGCCGGUCAGCGCGGAAGUCACUUUGGUACCGUUGCCGGUGAUGGAUCUUCAAUCCACCUUGGACGAAACGACGGGUACUGUGACGAUCGCAUGGAAGUCGAACCCGGAGAGUACCCAAGACAGUUACCUGGUGUCGUACCACGAGGUGGAGAGCACGACCGGUGAUAGCAACACGGUGAAUACCAAUCGUACCAAAAUAGACUUGGAGACUUUGCUGCCCGGUAGGAACUACUCGGUAGCGGUACAAGCGAUAUCGAAAGAUAUGGAGUCCAAAGACGAGACCAUUUACGUGGUGACGAAGCCGAGCGCGCCGAUCAUAGAAGACCUCAAACCGAUGGUGGACGGUCUGAACAUCAGCUGGAAAUCGGACGUCAAUUCGAAACAGGACAAGUACGAAAUCGUGUGGAUCAGGAACGACACGAAUGAGAAGAACGCCCGUGCCACUUACGACUCAAAAAUUAUACUAAGCCAUUUAUAUCCAGGAGCGGGAUAUUCGGUGAAAAUUUACGCAGUAUCGCACGGCCUCAAAAGCGACCCCCACGAGUAUUUCCAGCCGGUGUUCCCCCGACCGCCGAAAAAUAUGACGAUAGAAAAGGCGACCGCGAAUUCGGUGAUAGUCCAGUGGCGCGCGCCCGUCGACUCGCUGAUCACGGAAUACGCGAUCCGAUACAGAACUGACUCGGACAACCAGUGGGUUAGGUUACCGGCCGUUCAUAUUACAGAGGCCGAAGUUACCGACAUGACUCCUGGCGAGCGCUACACCAUACAAGUGAACACGGUGAGCUACGGCCUUGAGAGCAAUGAGCCGCAGCAGUUAAACCAUACUGUGAGGCCGAAUCCUGUAUCGAACAUCGCGCCCCUGAUUGACUCUAACAACGUUACGUUGGAAUGGCCACGCCCUGAAGGCCGCGCGGAGACGUAUCUGGUCAGGUGGUGGGAAUCAUCGACCCCGAACCAAGUAAACAAAAGCACAGUGAGCCAAAAUCAAAAUGGUACCGGCCCCGUCAGACUGUUGGUAGGAGACUUAAUGCCAGGCGAGGAAUACGUCUUCGAGAUUCGAGCCAUUUCCAACGACCUCCAGAGCGAGGUCACCGUGUUGAGGACCCGAACGAUGCCCCUUAUCCAGUCCGAAGUGGUGGUCGUCAAUAAUCACCAGACGACCGACUCGAUGAGUCUGAGGUAUACGCCGACACCUCAGACUUCCUCCAAGUUUGACGUCUACAGGUUCUCGCUGUCGGAACCGAGCGUACCCGAUCAGGAAAAACCGGCCAACGAUUCGGACAGGUUGGUCACCUUCAACGAUCUGGUACCGGGAAGACUGUACAACAUCACGGUGUGGACGGUAUCUCGAGGCGUGGCCAGUCAACCACUCCAACGUCAGGAUAGGCUGUACCCCGAACCCAUCACCGACAUAAACGCGACUCGCGUCUCCGACACCGAGAUAGCGCUGACGUGGGACGUCCCCAGGGGCGAGUACAACGCUUUCGAGGUGCAGUACAUCAACGCGGAGGGCGCGUUCAUCCAAAACUUGACGCUCCAGAACACGAUCACGAUCGGCGAAUUGAAACCGCACAGGAACUACACGUUCACGGUGAUUGUGCGCAGCGGCACCGAGUCGAGCAUUCUGCGGCGAUCGCUACCGGUGUCGGAGAGCUUCGCGACUAAGGAGUCGGUGCCCGGCAAGGUGGAGAGGUUCGAGCCGGUCGACAUACAGCCGAGCGACGUCGUCUUCGAGUGGGCGCUUCCUUCGUCCGAGCAUAACGGCGUUAUCAGAAAGUUCACCAUCACUUACGGAUUGGAGGGUUCGCCUCACCUGCUGUUCCGCGACUUCCAACCCCACGAAUUUAGGGGAGUCAUCAGGCAGCUUAUACCUGGCCGCACGUACAUAUUCAAGAUUCAGGCGGAGACGAAAGUAGGUUUCGGGCCGGAGACCGUGUGGAAGCAACGGAUGCCUAUUCUGGCACCGCCAAAGCCGAGCAUGCAGGUCGUGCCGACCGAGGUGUGCAAAAGCUCGACCACGAUACAGAUCCGGUUCAGAAAGAAUUAUUUCAGCGAAGCGAACGGGCCGAUCAUCUCCUACGCAGUUAUAGUGGCCGAAGACGACUCCAAGAACGCCUCCGGCUUGGAAAUGCCCAGCUGGAGGGACGUGCAAGCUUAUUCGGUGUGGCCUCCCUACCAAGUGAUGGAACCCUAUUUUCCGUUCUUCAAUUCAUCCGUUGAAGAUUUCACGGUGGGGGCCGAAACGUGCGAUAUAAGGCAAGUGGGGUACUGCAACGGCCCGCUCAAGUCGGGAUCGACAUAUAGAGUGAAAAUUAGAGCGUUCACGGCCCCGGAUAAGUUCACUGACACAAGCUACAGUUUUCCCAUCCAAACAGGACCGAUGAGACUAGAAGAUCAGGAUAAUACGCCCGUGAUACUCGGCGUGGUGAUUCCGAUCAUUUUGGUGAGCCUAUUGUUCGUGACGAUAAUAUUUAUACGGCGUAGGCGAUCCGCGGGGCGGAAAGGGAUGGUGGAGUCGCGGACCAACGACAACAUGUCGCUGCCCGACUCGGUCAUCGAGACUAGCCGGCCGGUGCGAAUCGACAACUUCGCGAAUCACUACAGGUUGAUGUCGGCCGAUUCGGAUUUCAGAUUUAGCGAGGAGUUCGAGGAGCUCAAACACGUGGGUAGAGAUCAGCCCUGUACGGCGGCCGACCUGCCAUGCAACCGCCCUAAGAACCGGUUCACCAACAUUCUCCCGUACGAUCAUUCGCGCUUCAAGUUGCAGCCAGUCGACGAUGAGGAAGGAUCCGACUACAUUAACGCCAACUAUGUGCCCGGCUAUAACUCCCCCAGGGAGUUCCUGGUGACCCAGGGUCCGUUGCAUUCGACCCGUGACGACUUCUGGCGUAUGGUCUGGGAGUCGAGCUCCCGUGCGAUAAUCAUGCUCACCAGGUGCGUGGAAAAAGGCCGCGAAAAGUGCGAUCAUUACUGGCCGUACGACACGAUGCCGGUGUACUACGGGGACAUAUCCGUACAGAUACUGAACGAAACAAGGUAUCCCGAUUGGAACGUGUCCGAGUUCAUGGUGUGCCGCGGCGAACAACAGAGGGUCGUGCGCCACUUCCAUUUCAGCACGUGGCCGGAUUUCGGGGUCCCCAAUCCGCCCCACACACUGGUCAGGUUCGUGAGGGCGUUCCGAGAACGGGUACCGCCCGACCAGAGACCCAUAGUCGUCCAUUGUAGUGCCGGAGUAGGUAGGUCGGGCACCCUCAUCUGUCUGGAUCGCAUUCUGCAACAGAUCCAGACGUCCGACUACGUCGACAUUUUCGGCAUUGUCUACGCAAUGAGGAAGGAGCGCGUGUGGAUGGUGCAGACCGAGCAGCAGUACAUUUGCAUCCAUCAGUGUUUGCUGGCGGUGCUAGAGGGGAAAGAGUUGACCGGCCCGCCGAGGGAGAUCCACGAGAAUCAAGGAUUCGAGGACAUGGUAACGCGGGUAUUUAGUCGGUGUAAAAAGCUGCUAUUCUGUGGUUCAGGCAAGGGAGGUGUUGAUGCGCACAGUGACGGCGGCUUCGCGCAGGGAGAAAAGGAGAGGUAGCCCUCGGGCAGGGACCCUCUUUGGUAUUUACAAUGGUGGCGUGGCGUAUUUAGCUUGCAUUUUUGCCUUUCUGAUGACGAGGGCAUAGCCGAAUCGGGUAUGUGACAUCAGCCAGAAAGUGCUUCGGGAGUUACCUCGAUCGACAGAUAAAUCUCACCGAAUCGGUCGCUAAUGAUGUAUUUUAGUUAUUACCUCCACCUCCUGUCGUUACGUAAGGGACUAAGUACUUCCAAGUAAACAUUUAUUUAAGCGUACUUUUUGAUGACUGGAUUUUUGUUCGAAUAUUGUUCCCGUUUCAAACGACUUCUGCAGGCUUGCCCAAACCUGGUGGGCGUACAAAUAUAUCGAUUUCGAAGAUAUUUUCUUCAUUGACCUGUGUUAUGAUAUCACAGCUGACUCAUAACUCAUGGUUUCGGGGAUAUUUGUGGCUCAUUAUUACUUUAAAUUGCAGACCAAAAACCCACCAAAAAUAAGUUACAUAAGUGAGAACGUCUAUUUUAUCUAAUAUGUUCGAAACGAACCUAUCUAUAAACCCACCAAGCUUGGCAAAACCACUAUUUUUAAAGUCAAGUUUUUAAAUGAGGACAUUGAACAACUUCAUCAACGUGGAGUUGUACAUACGGCGAUUCACGUAAAACAGAUUUAUUAAAAAAAUUCUGUGAAAUAUUUGUAAAAUUAUGACAAUAGAUAGCAUAAUAAACGUGAAUCGCUUUAUAUUUUUAAUUGUAUUUCUAAAUUAUUUAUCUUCUACACAUAACGAGUUAGAACAAUUUUUGUUAGAGAAUAACAAUACCAUUAUAUUUAUAUUAGGCAUAUUUAUAAUUUUAAUUUUCCAAUUUUGAUGUUUUACAAUCACGCUGACGUCGUUCUCCACCCCCUUCCUUCACCACCAUCACUGUUUUAAGUAAAUAAAUACUCCUGUGAUAUAGUCCCACAUAGUCCCACUAUUUAAUUGUAAGGCAACGGCACUCACCAAUGGGAGGCACGGCGUAAUUUAAAAUGAAAUAAUGAUAAGUCAAGGCGGGUAAUAAAAUGC